AGUCCGAACUCGACCAUCGUUCAGAGUGGAUCGUACAGCGCGACGCUUCCCAUGAGUGGCCGAGCGGCGUGAUACCCUCGGGCGGUGGAAGUGUUUCGGCGCGUAAAAACGCUUAGCACCCUUCGCGCGCGCCGGAGCAUUCUUCUUCCAGUUUGUCGAAUUAUUAGCGUCGCGUUGCGUCGCGUCGCGUCGCGUCGCGUCGCGUCCUCUCUUCUCCCUCGCGAUCUCGAGGAUCGACGGACGUUCGCGGCCGAUCGGUAGAGGUGAGAGAUACACACGGAGAAAGCGCGCGAGAUCACCGAGACAAAGGAAGAUAAAAGAACGAGAAAUAGGGUCGAGAGGGCAGAGAUAAAGAAAGGAUGCGCGGAUGACGUUCCGACGCUCGUAGGGGUCUCUUUUUCGCGAGAGGGACCGAGGGAAAGUGUGUAAGUAAACAUGACCGCGUGAGGCGCAGUUCUUCUCCUCCGAUAGAGUACAAUUCUCCGGAGACGGAGAAGACGCGCAGAGAGAGAGAGAGAGAGAGAAAGAGAGAGAGAGAGAGACCGCCAUGGAUCGCGUCGUUACCGCGUACAGGCGGUAGUGUUCGGUAAGCCGGGGGGUGCUCGGAGAGCAUCUCUACGCGGGAGAGAGGAUCCCAUUUGCCGCCGAACCCGCGCUUUUUCCCUCGGCUCUCCUCCCGUCCGUCUCGUCUCCGUCCCGAGAAUCGUGCGCCGCUUAUAAUGGAUAUAUUUUCCAAUGGAUUGCUCGUGCCGAUCAACAACGUGGAGACAGCGACUUACUCGUCCUUUUGCUCACCACUGAUCACAGAAGCGUCUAGAUCUGGUUACGAUUCUAGCAGCGGAGGAGAGUCUGACAACGAGUACAGCACGUCGGGUAAUCAAGUACAAAAUCAAGCGCAGAACCAAAUUCCCACCGCUGUUACAAGUUACGCGCAAGGAAAACACAUAAAUAAAGGACGGUGGACGAAAGAAGAAGACGCCUUAUUGAAACAGCUCGUGAGCAGCGCGGAACAACAAGGCACUGGUUUACGAUGGGACAUUAUAGCCGGCCAGUUUCCAGAUCGGAGCGACGUGCAGUGUCAGCAAAGAUGGGCAAAGGUCGUGAAUCCGGAGCUGGUGAAGGGUCCGUGGACGAAAGAGGAAGAUGAGAAAGUGGUGGAACUUGUGGGGAGGUAUGGUCCGAAAAAGUGGACGUUGAUAGCGCGACAUCUUAGAGGCCGGAUUGGCAAACAGUGCCGAGAACGAUGGCACAAUCACUUGAAUCCGGAGAUAAAGAAAACUGCGUGGACGGAGGCUGAAGAUAGAAUAAUCGUCGAGGCCCAUCGUAGGUUCGGUAAUCAAUGGGCGAAGAUCGCGAAACUCUUACCAGGCAGGACUGACAAUGCAAUUAAAAAUCAUUGGAAUAGCACGAUGCGAAGAAAGUACGAGGGUGAGGAAGGAAGAGUUGCGACCAAAGGCAGAGGCAAGAGAAAAAAUAUACAAAGCACUGCUGUAAGAGAUCCGCUUAUUCUGGAAGAUGAACAGAAUCAAAUGAAGGCCGCCUCGCCUAGCAAUUCGACAGUAACAGCUAGCAGUUCUUCGCAACUCCUCGAUCUCCAGAGUCAGCUGGAUUGGAUCAGAAAUUGGGAAUCGCAGACUACAAUGGACUACCAGAACGCACUACAGCUAAACAGGCAUACACAGGACAAUGAAAAAUGCGAAUCUCCGAAAAGAGGAUCUUCGCGAACGAAAAUUGAGACAGUUUCAUCAUUACCUAAGUAUUUUAACCUGCAACAAAUACAAAACGAAACGUCUGAUUCGAAGAACUCCGAGAUAAAACUGAUGCCGAUGCCUGACUUAGAAGAUUUACCUGAGCACCUGGAAAAGAAGAGCAGUCCGCCGCCUAUAUUACGUAGACGCAGAAACGUGCACAGUUUACUACAGAGGAUAGAUAUUGCAGAAGAUUACGUCGCAAUGGUACAAACAGGAAACACCUCUCCUUCGACUCCUAUCAAACAACUUCCAUUCAGUCCCUCGCAAUUCUUGAACAGUCUGAGUCCGUCGGAGUCAUGGCCACGCGCCAGUACACCCAAAGGAAGCAGUCCCGGUCCGCUUACGACUCCGCAACCUACCGGUUUCCGACGAAGUCAAAACGACGGUGUUACACCAAGAACACCGACGCCAUUCAAAAAAGCUCUGGCUGAGUUUGAACGUCGAACCGGGGCGGCACAGUUGCCCGCUACACCUAGUCGCCUGGAUGCACUGACCGAGAUAAUAAAGCAGGAGACCGAGAACGAAGCUGGGACGAGUUCGAUUCAAGACCAAGAUUCGGGCUACAACAGUAUGAUACGAAGGCGCGGUAAAGAGAACAGCGCGCCAGGAGGAAAGCGCGCGCGUAAGGCUCUUUCUCAGGCCUGGGCAUCUCAGGACAACUCCGACAUUAGUUUCCUCGUGGAAACACCAAGUAAAAGUUUGGAUACUUCUACGCUAUUUUCACCUGCAUCUAUGGCGCUGGAAGAUAGCUUUUUAACUGCAGGAACCAGUCCUACAAAGACUCCUCACGACUUUGCGUCCGUACAACAACGGAAGCCGAAUGCCAAGAGAGCGAUCACGUUCGACGCAUUCGACAGUCCUUAUUGUAUCUUCAGCCCUCUGCCUCUCAGGCCGGUAAAACGCACCAAGACACAAUUGGAAUCGCAAUGGAUAGCGGUGGCGUGCGGUCGUACCCGCGACCAGCUUGAGAUGACCCGCGCCGCCCGACGCUUCUUGAGUAAUCAUGGAUUGCUCUUGCCGUUGCGCCCACGUUCUUUAAAUUUCUGAGGAGGAAAAAACAAGAAUGUAAAAAGCGCGGAUACCGGCGCUCGGUCGCACUUUGUGGUACAAAAGACGAAAACAUUAAACUAGUCGUAGAUUGAAGGUAUAGAGCGCUUCCGUUUCAGGAACGUGCGAUCACUAUUGGUAUUUCACGCGUUAUAAAUUCGAGAGAUAAAUUAAGCGACGAAUUCGAUCGGUUGACCUCGAUAUGCGUGGAUUAACUCUACACUGCGCUAGGUGAUAAAGAAAAUAACGGAAAUAAAUGAUUACUCUUUCAAAGAUUCUAGAUAGUAACUGAAUCAGAUGUGGAUUUAAGUAGAAACGAAGAGUAUCCUCCUCCAUCUCUCGCACGUCUUUUUCUUUUUUCGAAAUUGCAUUUAUAUUUAUGUACUCGUUCAAGAAAAAAAGUAUAGAAUAAUUAUAUAAUCAAAUUUUGUAUUUAUCUGCCUCUUUUAAGAAAAUUAUAUACUCAACAUAAAAAACAGUUAAUUCAACAGGUGGAGUGAAGAAGUAGCUGUUUUAUGAUUUGCAAAAUCUUUCGUAAAACAGAAUUAUGUUACUUUAUCAAAUUGUUCUAUUAUUUUAUGUUUGCUUUUUAGAGACACUUAUAAGUACAGUUCAUUGUGUACGUAUACAUGUACAUACUACAGUUUUUCUCUUCGAGUUUCUAGAUUCGCCUCUGAACAGAUACUAUACAGCAGAUGAAAGAGUAUUGAAAAUGUAAAUGAAUUAGAAUUUUGUAUAAAAUAAAAAAAAAGACUAGGUUCUAUAAAUUCAACCUGCGUGCGCACUGUAGGGUUAAAAAUUUCUCGUCGUUGUACGAAGUUAUGCAUCGUUGUAGAUAUCGUCGGUAAUUUUGGACGCGUCGAGUGCAAUUUGUUGAAUUCGCUUACACGUAAUAGAAUACGAAAGCAACCACAGUGCAACCGAAUUUUCAUCCGGGAUUACGGGGUUGUUGCACUUUAUCGACUUUAUUUCUAUCGCGCCGUUCUCGAGGUGUAACAUAUGAAUACAAAAAUAUAUCUUUCGCGUCCACGUAUUUGGAUAAUAAGAGAAAUAGGUUAUACAUAAUUUUGUAAUUUUAUUUACAAUUUUUCCUAUAAACUCCGUCCCGUGAGAGAAUGAUUUUAGUCUGUCUAUUUGAUGAAAAACGGAAGGAAAAUUUAAAAACAUAUCAGGCAAUAAGCAUUGCUAUUUAUUUCAUGAUAUUAUUUAUUGCUUUAAAAGCGAUUUUGGGAGGUAUCUGACAGGUAGAAAUCAUUCUUUCAUAGAACAAAAUCCGUACCAAAAUGACAAUCCUGGUUUUAUCAUGAGAUUUCAAUGCUGAUAUCUGAAAGAUAGAACGUCGAAUAAACUCGGAUAUCAAAUUAUUAGACCUGCAAAACAAAACACGCACGCGUUUUUCUGCUUACAAGAGUAUCACUUGUCAUUUUCUUUCUCUUUCUUUCUAUAUAUUUAGGAAAGAUAAAAGAAUAAAAUUAUAAUUCAUUUAUUUGAUACACAGUAGUAUAUUAUACGUAAUAUAAAACAAAAUCAUUAUUGCAACCAUUAUGUACAAAGAGCCUUUGUAAUUCAUAUUUAAUUUACAAGUGAAUAAAAUAAAAUCGUGAUAAUAAUCACAA